CUACACAUAUGCCGCUGUCCCUCCAGUUUGUAGUAUCCUUGAGGAUGCGUCGCUCACGGGUCCCAUCCGGCGAGCUUAUCAUUGUAACUUGUGUUCCAUGCUUGUAUGCACCGAAAACUUACCCGCCUGUCCAAUACCAUUUUUUGCUUGCCCAUCAUCUAUGCGUUGGACACUUGCACCAGCAAUGAGUUGCACCUGGUUGUUGUGAGAGAGUCAGGACAUCCUUCCGUUCUUCCCGACUCUGGAUCAUAUAGGAAUUUGCAUCAACCGGUGCCUCCCGAUGGGUCGUUACCUCUCGCGCUAUUUUCAUUUCGGAUAUUCAUCAACACGGGAGCUCUCGCGUGUCUUGGUUCUUGCAUUAGAUUGAGUCUAGCUAUCACAAAUCGCCGUGAGGUUUCCGCAACUGUAAGAUAUCAGAUCGCUGUUAUGGAUAUGAGCUCUGCAAUUGGGUUCAUCCAUGAGGUGAUCAAAGGUGCCUCGCGCGCUCCAGCCCUUUCUGUUCACGCACUACAACGCCUACAAGUGACACCCUCAUGUGAUUACCGACUUCUCGGUGUCACAACUCGAUCCUGUAUCACCAAUCGGCCGCGAUGAGCCAUUCUUCUUGUCCUCUAUCAAUGCCAUGAGUACCGGCUGGAGUCUCGCGACAGCGAUAACGCUAGCGUUGACUUGAUGACUCUGCUUGUAGUUUGACUCCGUGCAUCCUGAAGGAUACUCACGUUAGCAAAAAGCGGACAUCAGAGUUUCAGCAUGAAGCUCGACAAGGGAUUUUGGCAACUGAUCGUGGAGACGUCCCUUGACUGCUGCGGUUCGUCCUGACCCCUGCAUCACCGAGUAUCUCUGGAGCUUGUUGGAUCGUGUUGGAGUACAUCACCCUUCCCAAUUGUAAGGCCAUUCCGCUCU